ACGAACGAAGCAGAAUGAUGCUAUGGAGCGAAUUAGUCUCCCUUGUUUGUGGAAUUGUGUGUGUGUGUGUGUUUGUGUAUAUGUCCAGGAAUUUGUAGUUGGAAAGCAAAGAAGCUCGAAAAACUUUCGUUUCUGUUCUUCCGCAGUUUCUCACUGCGGUUGGCCAAGAAUUUGCGGCCUAAAUUAAGAAAUGUGAAGAGGAAGACUGGGUCUUACGCAUGCACUCCCAACCAACUGUGCGUAUCUUUUUUGACAUCCGUUCCCUUCCUUUUCCUUCAGUGUGGCAGCUACCCAUUUGACCCUUUUCAUCAUGUCCAUCUCAUCCACCUUACUUUUGGAAUUUGGUUUCAGUUUUCUUUUCAUGCAUCGUGCCCGGAAAGAGACGGAUUCUUUGAUCCUUGAGGAAGCAAGGUAUGCCUUUAUCGAAAAAUGGCCUUUAAAGCUUGGCUUGGUUGAUAGACCUUAAAUGAGAUUGAGAGGCUGGGAACCUUUGUUGGUGGUCUGCUGCUUUUGGUAUUUAAAUAACUUGCCUCGUUUGAAUUGCUGGGAUCGUAUCAACUACAUUGAAGGUUUCAGUCUCUUCACCAUGGGCACAUUAGAUUUACGCGCUUCCACUUCACCGGAUUACAAUUCGGACAUAUUUGAAGUUGCUCAGAGUGGAAUCAGGCUCACCAAUGUGUUGAUCACCUGUAUAUCUUCCCAAGGAGGUGUGGAGAAUUUGGGUGCCGUUGCUGAAGAUGCAGUCACAAAAUUCAGGGAAUUAAUCUCACUUCUUGACAUGUUGGCCUGCAAGCACAUUAAGAAGGGCCCUUUGCUGAACCAAAGACAUGUCAAUCCGAGCAUAUUCCUUGAUCGCCAAGAGUUCAGCACACCUGCUCAGCCUCUUCCUGCGAAUCUCACCUCCUCCUCAACAACAGCUCCACAGUUUAGAGUGUCUGCCUUCUCUCAUGACACCCAUCCUCUGCAUCUUGGAUUCAGUUCGUGGCAAUUGAGGCAUGGUUCUGUUGGCGGUGCAAAAACGCUUGAUGCCGUUGGGUCUGUCAUUUCCUCAAUGGUUGCAAAUGGUGCUCCUGCAGUUCGCAGAAAGUUCUUUCAAUAUGAUCAAAUUGGUACAUCUCAUAGUGGUUUUCCUUUGUAUUCUUCCAUGGGAAAGUUUGUAGAGAAGGUGGGCGAAGUAGGAGGAAAAUGUGCACCAACUCCAGGAGCUUGUCACUGCUCAAGAAGAAAAAGACUCAGAAAGAAAAGGGUCAUUAGAGUUCCUGCUGUUAGUAGCAGACUAGCUGACAUUCCUGCAGAUGACUAUACAUGGAGGAAAUAUGGACAGAAACCGAUCAAGGGAUCUUCUCAUCCGAGAGGAAUAGAAUUCAUUACCCAAGAUAGGCAUCCUUUUUCAUGAGGCCAAAGCAAAGCAACUCACAAUCUGCAAAAAAGCUAUGCAGAUAAGACAACAAGCUAACAUUCGCUGCUGGACACCACAUCACCAACAAAGAGCGCAUUCAUUUCAGGAUGAAAAGAAAGCGAAGUCCUUUACUAGAAAAAAACUGGUGGUGGGGGAGUAUCUAAGAGAUGACUCGGCUAGAAAAUUGAUAUAGCAGGGACUAUCAAAAUUUUAUGAGGGAAAAAUAUCAGUUUAUUUCCAAAAUUUUGUGGCAGGCCAGUGUCCUCCCUGGUCUCUUGGUUUGACCUUGAUAUACCUGACAGCUCUGUGGGACGGAAGCAUCUAAAACACCCAGUAGUUUUUCCUCGCUAUCUAAUCCAAAAAGGAACAGAAGACAGUGCUCUAGUUAGAUGUGAAAUUUUUAGUCUGCUUGAACUUUUUGGGGCUGUACCAGAUUCUAUCAGGAGCAGACCGCCAAUGCACUUAAAUGUCGUGGAUCCGACCCUCUUGCAACCUUCUUCAAACCUUCUGCUUCAAUUAGUUUAUUUCUCUACCGAACUGUGCAGUGUAUUGU